GGAGAGAAAAAAAUGUUCGAAGAGCAGUCUGGAUUAUCGCUGUGAUGAAGUAAGCUUCAAGAUGUUAAAAUUGAUCUUUUUGCUUCUCAUGCGAAUAAAGAGUAUUGCUGGAAUGACCCACUCCCUGAAGUAUUUCUACACGGCAUCGACUGAAAUCCAAAACUUCCCUGAGUUUGUGGUUGUUUAUUUGGUUAAUGAUGUUCAGAUAGUUAAAUAUGACAGCAUCACCCGGAAAACGGAGCCCACACAGGACUGGAUGAAGAAGAUCUUUGAUCAGCACUACUGGAUCGAAGAGAGCAUUACAAAUUUACGGUCCCAGUACGCCUACAAAGUCAACAUUGAAAUAGCAAAGCAGCGCUUCAACCAAACUGACGGUGUCCAUGUUUACCAAAGGAUGUACGGCUGUGAGUGGAAUAAUGAGACUGGAGACGUUACUGGUUAUCACCAAUAUGGCUAUGAUGGCGAAGACUGGAUAAUAUUUGACAUGAAGGAAAACAGAUGGAUCGCUGCAAAACAACAGGGUCUCAUUACUACAAACAGAUGGAACAAUGACAGAGCUGAUCUGGAGGACCACAAGUACUACUUCAACCAGAUUUGUCCUGCAUGGCUGAAGAAGUAUGUCGACUAUAGGAGGAGCUCUCUGAUGAGAACAGCAGAUCUUCCAUCAGUCUCCUUCCUCCAGAAGUCUUCCUCGUCUCCAGUCAGCUGCCAUGCUACAGGUUUCUACCCCAACAGAGCAGAGAUGUUCUGGAGGAAAGAUGGAGAGGAGGUUCAUGAUGGUGUGGACAAAGGAGAGAUCCUCCCUAACAAUGAUGGGACCUUCCAGAUGAGCGUUGACAUCGAUCUGUCAUAUGUUGCAAAAAGAGACUGGAACAAGUAUGAAUGUGUGUUUCAGCUCUCUGGAAUCAAUAAAGAUAUUGUCCAUAGACUAAAGAAACCAGGAAUCCGGAGCAAUGAAUGUAAGUAAUUGAGUUAACAGCCACAUGUGUUCAUAGGUAAAUAUCUACUGAUGUCAAAGUUCUGUCUGCUUGGCUUGUUGUUUAAGAUUUAUAUUCAGUUUAAGGGCUUGGAUCUGAAAUAAUUCUUCUUUUGGGAUUGUUAUGUUAGCCUGUUCCAAAGUU